AUGGAUGGCUCCCCUACGAAGGAGCGGAUGAGCCGGUCGGCAGGCGACACGACCCAAGCGCACAGCGAUAAGAAGCAACGCUCCUCGUCAUCCUUCGCCAAUCUGCCAAGGCCAGAGGGUUUGUCGUUGGCGGCAAGCAAGAAGUGGGAGAAGGAACGCGAGAAAGAGGCCAAAAAGAUCAAGAAGAAAGAGGAGAAGGACAGGAGAAGGAGGUCAAAGAGCGAAAAGAAGAAAAAGAAGAAGGACAAGGCAACCGCCACCAAUGCCACCACCAGCGACCAGCCGCCCUUUGCGCUGCAGCCUCCCGCCAGCUUCCAGGGCGAUGGGUGGAGCUGUUCGGCCUGCACGUACUGGAACGCCUCGAACGCUGUGAUCUGUGAGAUCUGCACCUCGGUCCGCAUCCGGGCCAUCAACAUCUCCGGCCCCUUGCCGACUCCUUCAGAUCGCCAACAGCCCUGCUCGAUGUGGAAGGCCUGCCGAGUGUUCGGUCCCGCCAGCUUGGCGGGCACUCCUGAUCGGGGCAGCGCGGUGUCGUCGAGGACUCGGCGACGAAGCAAGGAGGACAAGAAGGGCGCGAAGGGCCACCGGCGGAUGCCGACGGUCGACCGGCAGGAGAACGACGACUUCUGGGUGCCCGAGGCCGAAGAGGAGAGCGACGCCGAUGACGCCGACGACGAUCGGACGAUCGUUGUCGACCGGGAGCAGUUCAAGAAGCUGAGCCGCAGCGACAACUCGCUGGCGGUCGGCCACGACGACGACGACGAGGUGCUGCGCCCCGACAUCAGGGAGGAGAUCGACCGGCGCGAGAAGGAGCUCGAGGCCAAGCGCUGCGCCGAGGAGGCGCGGCGCAAGAAGGAGGAGGAGGACAGCAUUCCGCUCGAGCUCGAGCUGAUCGAGACGACCGAGUUCUACUGCACGCACGACCACUGGGAGGACGAGCUCUACAGCGACGAGGAGGACUCGUCCGACCCCGUCGACGAUCUGCUCGAGGCCGCCUUCGAUGAUCGCGGGAGCAAGCAGUAUGAGUAUUAUUCGGAAGACGGCGCGACGACGUCGACCACCACCACCUCCUCCUCCCUGCGGUCGUCGGCCAACACCAGCUCGCAGCAGAGGCGGGGCCGGAGCAGCAGUUCGGGCAGGGACGAGGAGGCAGAGCCGCUGGUGCAGGCGGCAGCUGUUGACAACUACGAGGAGGUGGCGUCGACGCAAGUGCUGAUAGAGACGCCAAGUACGCCUCAGCGCUACAGUGACAGCCGGCUGCGCACCGACUCGGCGGGGAUCGUGGACGUGUACGAGCUGGUCGCGGAGACCACCGCGAAGCCGCCGGCCGCCCGCGACAAGGUCGCGUCGUCCGGGUACCUCGAUGACGAGAAUGAGGGCGAAGACGAAGGCGAAGCGGAGAGGAGGGACCGGCAGCAGGGCUACACCGUCGUGAACGGGCGCCAGCACCUCAUGGAAAGCAGGGGCGGCAAGAGCGACCACUAUUGCUACGACGGUGACGGCAACGAUUCGAGCAGCAGCAGAAGCAGCAGCAGCGCCGCCGCAGCAAAUCGCAAGGGCAAGCAGAGGGAGGCCGAACUCGUUCGCGAGCAGUACAAGGCCGCCAUUCCUAGGGAAGAGCCGGCGGCGGCGGCAGGCGGGUGCCUCGACGAGGAGGAGCUGAUGGCGCAACUUCUCGCCGCCGACGACAAUCCGAUUCCCGCCGUUGGGAGCGGGAAGCGCCCAGAGGUAACGACACCGCCCAAGCGAAGCCAAAAGAUGAAGACGAAGAAGAAAGAAAAGGGGGAGAAGCACAACAGCAAGAGCAAGCAGCAGGUCAAGCAGCAUUACAAGCCUACGCAGGAGGACAACUACCUCGAGGACGUGGUGGAGGCGGUCGACUGCCUGCGCGCCGAGAAGAAGAGCAAGAAGGCGCAGCUCAGAGACAGCCUCUACUACACGGACGAUGACGGUGGCAACGGCGGCGACAGCAGCGAAAGCGAGACGGAGAGCGAGACGGAAAGCGAAAGCGAAAGCGACGACGACAGCGACUCAGUAGACACCUACGCUGCGGAGGAUGAUGACGACAGGGCCGUCGCUACCGGUGGCGGCGUGCAGGACUCGGGGGACCGACGAGCGCGCGAGGUCGCCGAUGAAGAGGAGGAGCUCUUUCGUCUCGCCCUGCUGCGAACGAGCGGAGAAGACGGGAAGGAGCUGAGCGCCAACAAGGAUAGCUCUGGCACUGCAGCUGCGACCCGUCGGGUCUCGUCGCCGCCGGCGGUGGUGGUCUCGACGCAUCACACGCAGCUCGAUGCUACUACCGCGCCUGCCAAUCCGCCCCUGUCGCCGAUCAACCCCGCCAAGCUGGCCUACGCCGCGCUAGCCUCCAUGUCGCCCACCACGUCGAGCAGGCUGCGCGCGACCGACUCGGAGGACGAGACCGCGCGGUCGACCAGGUCUCUAUCCGCCCCGGCCGCACGUCGCGGCGGGGACCAUUCGGUCGGCGGCAGCGGCAGCACCAGCACCAGCAUCAGCAGCAGCACCAGCGUUAUCCCGUCUCGCAUGCGGAGCACCACACAGUCGCUCAUGUUGUUCGCCGACAUGCGUUUCCCCGAGCACUCGCGGAAGAUGGCCGUCAUGUCCAAGAAGAGCGACCAGUAUCUUCACGAUAUGGUCACCAGGUGCCAGGCCCUGUUCCCCAUCGUCGCAACGCAUCUGGUGCGGAUCCAGUCCGUGUACGAACACAGGCAGAAACUGCAGCGGUUUGUGGGGAUGCUGCUCGAGAGCCAGGAGAGCAGAAAGGACUCCAGCGAAAGCGUUCGCAUAGGCCAGAAGAACCUGAUUCCUCGCCUUCAGCGAGCCAUCCGCCUCGCCCGACGGGCCAAUUUCCUCCUCUACGGCGACGUCGGGAGCACCAUGCGAUUCAUUGGCACAGUCUACACGUCGGCCGAGCUCGCCGUCCGCGCCAACGAUUCGCUCUUUCAGAUGACCUGCGACUACCUGUACACGCUGAUCUCGACGGAGGAGUUGGCCGCGAUCUAUCGCGGGGCGAUGCUGCGCUCCUCCUCGACGAGCAAGUCGUCGUGCCACGUCGCCAUUUGUUCGUUUGCCAGAGCGCGGCAUCAGCUCCGGCUUUCCACCAUCGAACUGAAGCGGGCCAACGACUUCCUCAAGCGCACCAUUACUCAGCGAUCCGUAUUGGAUGUGCUCCAAUCGAGCGCUCUAUCGCUCGUGCAGGCGACGAGGCAGAUGUUGGUGCAAUUCAAGCAGGAGCAACAAGAAGAAGACGGCGUUGGCGGGCUGCCGCGCAGCAACGGCCCUCACACUCCGCGAACCGCCGCGACCGUGAAGGACGAGCGACGCCACCAGGUCGAGCGGCUCGAGAACGCCGUCCGCAGCGUCGAGUCCCGGCUGUGCGUAGAAGAGGACAGAGGCGCCGAGCGCAACUGGAACAAGGAAUUCCAAGACAUUCUAGGCACAGGUCAGCAAGCGGACAAGUUGUGCACGCUGGCGAAGGACUUUGUGGCGGCGGCCAAGAUGUACGGCAAGAUCAUCAUUUCGGAGGUGUUCCUGCCCUACAAGCAGAAGACCAUCAAGCCCAUCAGUAUUGGUGGCGUGGCGGGCGGCGAGAAGUACAUCCACCGCGGCAUCCUCUUCAAGUUCGCCAUGGACUGGGAGGGGCUCUACGGCGGCGAUGAGUACAGCGCCAAGGUGGCCUCGCACGAGCUUAAGGGUCUCGCUCGCUACUUCUCGUGUGCCGUGCGCGGACUUCACUUUCCCUUGAUGGCCCUUAUCGACUAUCGUGGUUUCCGCCUUACGGCUUCGUCCAUUCUACCGAUCUCGCACGCCGACACGCUCGUUUACGGAAGCUGCGAUAUGGGCGCCACGGUCAAAGACGACAACAAGGUCCUGAGCAAGCUCAUGGAGAAGGCCGGUCGCCAGAUGAACAUCAAAGGCCAUCUCGCGGGAAAGAAUGGCGACGCAUUCCUCUACGCGCCCACCGACAUUGAGGGCCACCUGGGCCGCGAUCGCCGCUUCUAUGUGCUUGACUUUGCUCGCACGUUUCCCCCGGCCACGCCCAACAUCCAAACCCACCCUCGGGGCUUCCUGUACCAGCUCCUCCGCCCCGAGUUCGUCUUCGCCUAUCAUAAGCCCCUGUCCAGUGAUGCGUUCAUGGUGUUCGGCAAGAAGAGCAACGCUACGGACAACCCCGAAAUCCGCGAGGCCACCAAUCACCUCCUCAACACGGUCAUCCCGGGGUUUGCCAACUGGCUGGAGCGCCAUUUUGAGGAGGACGACGAGCGGGUACUGACGUCGACGCUGAGCGUGCUCCUGCACAGAGAGGGCAUCAACAACCGAUAUCUGGGCGUUGUCCGCAUCCACUGCCGCAACCCGCGCCUUCGCCACUUCUUGCUUCGGGAGAUGAUCGCGCGAGUGGUCAAGAACAUCAUGCGCGCAGAGAUGCGCGACAAGACCAAGAACGUGCACUGGCAGCGGAUGGCCCAGGCGCCCUCCUCAUCGCAGCCUCGCAUCGAACUCGGACCUGCGGAAGAGGAUCACAAUCAGGAGACCAGCUUCGCCAUGGUGGUCGCACGAUUCUUCAACGUCGUCAUCGGACUCGAAGGCGAGCGAUCAAAGGAGUUCUGGGACGUCCAGAUGAGGGAAAAGCUGGAGCACUCGUUUCCAGAGGCCGAGCUGUCGCAAGUGCCGAUCAGGCUCUCGUCAGCCGACUUCCUGCCGCUCUUUGAACGGAUCCAGCAGCUGGGCGGCAUCCGCCUCUCCAAGCAGGUCCUCAAGGAGCUCGAGGAGACCCCCGAGAAGGUCAUCUUUGCCUAUCCCGACAUCACCAAGCUCCGGUCGCGCGUAACGCACAUGAACAUCGUCGAAGAGUCGGAAGCGCUGUCGAUGAAGCUCACAGCGCUGAAGACGGACAACACGCACCUCGCUCUCCGCAUGCUGCGGUACUCACGGGACCACUACGAGGCCGCCGUGCGCGCCUCAACCGACAAUCCCAAGACACUCUACCGCUUGGCCGACGUGCUCAAGGAGUUGGCCAAGAGAGAGCCGGGUCCGCCACAGCUCAAGAUCGAACUGGGAGAUUCGAGCAUCGAAAGAUUCCAGGCUGCCUACUCGCUCAACCGGUCCGACGAGAAGGUAAACGGACUGGACUGUGACGUGAUGCCAGAGGUGAUCUAUCAAACGGGCAACGUCGCAUGCGAGCUGGGCGAGACCAUCCGGAGCGCUCACUUUUAUGUCAAGGCGAGGGAGUGCUUCGUUACCGCGCUCAAGCUCGGUUCACAACCCCACUACGAAAAGGAGGUGACCGAAAAGGCGCUGGCCCUCAUGGAAAAGGCCGAAACGAACUUGAGUGUGGUGGACUUUGAAGGCGCGUUCCAGCUGUUCCGAGCCGUGCUGACUGUGCGACCCGACGACGUGCUCAUUCUCUUCCUCUGCGCCGAGAUCUGCUUCUCGUGGGCUCGCACGCUCGGGGAUUCCAAAGACGGCACCAGCCCGCCCUACAAGAAAGCAAUCAAGUAUUACCAAAAGGUGGUGGACAUUGCGCGCAAGACAAACAAGACCGCCUCCCCGAGCACUGAGGAGCGCAGACAGCCUCACACACAAUCUGACGUUUCGAGUAAGCGACCACGACUGCCGUUCCUGAACGAAUUGGAGGGCAUGAGCCAUGUGCUCACGUCGACCUCGGAGAGCUACGAGAAGUUCCUCAACAACAUAAUCGGCAAGGAAAACAGCAACAACUUCUACCCGAAGAAGAGCUCCAGCGAGAAGUUCCGGUCCAGCCUCGCCGCCCGCGGCAUCGGUGGCGGCAUGCACAUGAUGCUCUCGAGCCUCAGCGACCACCACCAUCACCGCCACCACUCGAGCGGCAGCAGCGAGGACUCGCCGGCGUCGUCGCCCUCACCACGGGGCUGGAGCAGUGGUCGCCGCACCUGGCACCGCAAAGAGAAGAAGGACAAGGAAAGGGAAAAGGAAAAGGACCUGAAGAAGACCCGCAAGCACAGCAAGAAGGAGGGCCACCACGUCGAGGAGCUGACGACUACGGCUGCCGCAGCUGAAUCGCCGCCGUCGUUCGGCCGCCGGCUCUCGCUCAAGCUGCCACGGUCGCCGCGCGGCAGCGCCACCACCGAACACGCGGAGGGUACCGGCGGCGAGAGCCCAGAGAUGAAGCACGCCAACUCGGCGCCGCAGUUGCUCCCGAUACCGACGCCGACGUCGACGCCCGGGCACGGGCCGCCGACGACCGCAUCGUCGCCCACGCCGGGGCACCACUCGCACCACCUGGUGAGCAAGCUGUUCUCGAGCACACGACGGUUCUCGUCGGCGGGCAAGAAGGAGGCGAUGGCCGCCAAGGCCGAUAAGUGGGGCACGGGCGACUACACCACGGCCCUGCACCCGGGCGGCCUGGCCGAUGCGGCCGAGGCCGAGCGCAAGAAAAAGGAGGCCGAGGACCUCCGCAAGAAGGAGGAAAAGGACCGAGAGGACAAGCGACAACAAGAGCGGGAGAGAGAACGACUCCGCCUGGCGCUCUACAACGAUCUCACCCGCAGCUUCCCCGGACUGGGCAUGUUCUGGCUACGCAUGGGGCACAUGCUCGUGGAGCACGUGCACGAGGCCAUGCUGACGCACGACCUGCAGCCCAGCCAGGAGAAGGAGUUCCUGGACCAGGCCGCGGGACACUACGCCAAGGCCCUUACGCUGAACCCCAACUACGUGGGCAUCCUCCAGCAGGACUACGACUCCUUGUACAUCACCGACGACGGCGAUCCCAGGACGGAAGCGCCGCCGGGCGCGAUCGAGGCUCUGUACCGGCCGAUGCGCGACAUCCUGCAGGUGGCGCAGACCUCGUCCAUCCUGCAGGUUGAGCUCGGCAACGCGUGCUCCAAGCUUCAGAUGCGCAAGCUCUUCCUGGCGCCCGUCGCCCCACAGAUAUCGGACCCCACCCUCACCGCCAUCAUCAAGGGGCGCAAGGCCCACAGUGCUAAGUCCACUGACACGACGCCUGGCGCUGUCGAUCGACCGAUCGAUCGAGCAGGCGGCAGUGGCGGCGCUCCGCUGGCGCUCGAGGAGUUGUCGCUGUCGUGCUGCGCGCAAGUGUCCGGCACUUGCCUGGAACGCCUGGCGCCGUACCUUGCCACCACGCUCACGACCCUACGCCUCAAGGGUCUCACGGAAGGGCCGACGCAACAAUACUGCAACCUGAUCAAGUCCUGCAAGAAGCUGCAGCAGCUUUCGAUGCCCCACUGCUGCUAUCAGGACACCUACAAGCCCCUGCAGAUCCUCUACUCGCACUGCCGCAAUCUCACCUCCCUGGACUUCGGUUCGUUUGUGGACCAAUUCCUGUCUGCGUGCAAGCGUCUGCGUCGUCUCCGACUGCCGUGUCUCACCCCCUACGCCGUAAAGAAGUCGAGCAAGCGAAGGGCCGAGGACGGUGAUGUGGGGAAGCAGCCGAUCGAGGGCGGCGGCAUUUCGUACUCGGACGAGGUGCUCAAGAAAUGGGCGCACAAGUAUUCCACUUCAUUCGCCCAACUCGAGGAGCUGCACAUGGACGGAUACAGCAACCUCACCUACUCGAGCAUGCUGCCGUUGGUCGAAACGUUCAAAUCGCUGCGCGUGCUCCACCUCGAGAAUAACCGAGGAUUGGAUGACCGGUGUCUGAUCAGGCUCACUUCGCACUGCACGUCGCUAACCACCCUUCACCUGGCACACUGCGUAAAUAUCGGGGAUGCCUCGCUGGCUGUCGUUGCGCGGACCUGUCCGCAGCUGAGCAUACUCAACGUCGCCUUGACCAAGAUCGGAGGUGGCGGAGUCGAAGCGAUCGCGCAGCACUGCCGUCAGCUGCGGGAGCUGUCGUUGGGGUGCCCCUUCCGGCUGCGCGACGACGUGCUCAAGAACCUCAUCUACAACUCCUUCGACAACCUCAAGAGGCUAGCGCUCUUCCGCGCCGCCAAGGCUCAGCUCAAGUACUCCAUCAACGCUGCUCGCACCAAGGGCAUCCAGGUGGAGUUUGAUCGCAAUACGAUGCUGCCGGCGUACGUGGCCAAGAAGUGCCCCGAGGCCCGAAAGCAGGAGCUCAAGCGCAUCAUCCGCCGCAUCUUCUCCGAAGACAUCGCCGAACAGGCCGGCGCCCUCCGCUUACUGGCCUACGAGUUUUUCGUACCAUUCGACUCAACCAAAGCAGAGGACAACAAGCGCUACUUUGCCAAGCUGGGCGGCAUUCCGCGCCUGUUGAAGCUCAUGGGACCGGGCAACCACCACGAGGUGCGCAUCAAGGCCACCAAGGCCGUCUGGAACUUCGCCAGUACCGAAGAACUGCAGCGGCUCUUGCUCGGCGAAGGCGUGCUGGGGCCGAUCACCGAUUCCCUGCAAGCGGUGAUUCCUGAGCUGCAGGAGGCCAGCGCUGGCGCCCUGUGGCCCUACUUGGAAUUUGAGGACGUGGGCGAGAAGGCGCUGGAGUUGGGCGUGGUGGAGGCGCUCCUGCCCAUCAUGAACACGGCCAAGGUGCAGCCGCGCUGGCACAUGCUCGGCUGCCUCGUUUCCAUCGCCGAGAACGGUCCGUAUCUGUCGGCGGUCACGUUGGGCUUCCUCUCGCUGGACAGCUUCAUGGAGGACGACCUCAUCGACGACGGCGCCCUCGAAAAGAUCGAAAACUUCAUGUUCGAGACCAAAUCGCCCGACGCCAUCGCCCGCAGCGAGGACUCAGUGACCAACGACCAGGGAGUGAAGUGGAAGUUCAUCCGGCCGUUCCUGCGGCUCACGUACUCGCGACACCCACCGGUGCAGCGGCUGGGCGCGUUCGCCCUGGCGGUCCUCUCCAAACGACCUGUCAAUGUGAAGACGAUGGUGGAGGAGGGACUGCUGGGCCGGCUGGUGUGUCUGUCGUGGUCGCACGACUCGCGUCUGCGCAACCUCAUCGGCAUCACCCUCAAGGCCAUCUACGACCGCUACGACGCCACCAUCGGCAAGUCGAUAUCGAUCGUGCCCACGCUCGAGCAGAUCUCCAUUCACACCAUUCAGCACGACGGUAACUUGUGCGGGCUGAGCGCGUGGCUGUCGACGCCGGAGGGGGUGAAGAUGCCCGAGGCUCUCCGGCAGCGGAUGGAGGUCAAGGUGCUCCUGGCCAGCCGACAGAACCUCGAGAAGAAGGUCGUGUACCGCGGCGGCCCUCUCUCAUGA